AGCAUGAAAGUUGCCAACCUUUACACGUCGGUGGCCUGCAAUCGCUGCAUGGAAUGUGCUGAUUGGGGUCCAAGCGGCUUGAUUGCUUAUGGAGCCUGCAAUGCUGUCGCUGUAAUGAAUCCAAAGUACACGGGUAAUUCGGCCAAGAUAAUUUACACUCUGGUGGAGCACACAAAACGAGUAAACACUGUCAAGUGGCUGGAUACAAAGAAACUGCUCUCGGGUGCCGAUGAUUCAAAUGCCAUUUUAUGGGAGCUGGAUGAAACGGGGGCCACAAAGCAGAUCCUAUUAAAAGGACACAAGAGUGGAGUCAAUGCAGUGGAUGGUGUGCUAAGGAAGAAUGGGUCCUGGCUACUGGCCACCGCGGCUGCCGAUAACACCGUGAAGUUGUGGAACUACCAGGACGACACUGCCACCUGUUUCCAAACCAUAGAACUAGCUGGAGGAUUUUGCUUCUCCCUGCGACUCACACUUCUGCCCAACAGUGAAAAUGUUUUGAUGGCCUUCAGUGGCGACGAUGAGACCAUCUCAUUGUGGGGAGAAAAGGCGCAAAUCCUGGGAGGCGGGGAUUCCCUAAGUCAGCAAUUCCAGCAAGUACAUAAACUUUCGGGCCACGAAGACUGGGUGAGGGGCCUCGACUUUGUGAAGGAUGGCGAGGAUCUUCUUCUGGCCAGUGGCUCGCAGGACAAUUUUAUACGUCUCUGGAGGAUUGCGCCGCGCAGCGAAGACCAAAUGAAAGAAAAUCACGUCGAUCUUCUUCAGAUAAGCAAGAUCGAGGAUGACAUUAAGGUGGAGGAGAAGAUCCUACAGUUGGGGGAGCAGGCUUGGUUUGCAGUGAGCUUGGAGUCGGUUCUAUAUGGCCAUGAAGGUUGGGUAUACGGCGUUCACUGGCAUAAAAACAAGGAGCAGGAGCUUCGUCUACUUUCUGCCUCCAUUGACAAGACCCUGGUUGUGUGGGCCCAGACCGCGCAAGGAGUUUGGAUGGAGAACGUGCGUGUCGGUGAGGUGGGCGGCAACUCCAUGGGCUUCUUUGGCGGCAAGUUCUCUGCCGGUGGACAUUCCAUAAUGGCCCAUAGCUAUCAGGGCGGCUUUCACAUUUGGAAUCAAGAUCGCGAACGCCCACAGCUCUGGACGUCCAAUGUCAUAGUUGGCGGCCACUAUGGCGAAGCUAGGGAUCUGGCCUGGGAGCACGAAGGCGCCUAUCUCAUGACUGUCUCAGCGGAUCAGACCACUCGUUUGCAUGCUCCUUGGCUGCAAGAUGCUGUCCAGGAUUCCACAUGGCAUGAACUGGCGCGCCCGCAAGUCCAUGGCUACGACAUGCAAGCCUUGGCUCUGCUUUCUCGCUAUAAAUUCGCCAGCGGGGCGGAGGAGAAGAUUGUACGAACUUUCCAGGCAACAGCGAACUUCAUAGAGAACUUCCGUCAUAUCAGCAAAGUGGAGAAUGAUGUGGCGGGUGAUGCCUUAUUGGAGUCUCUGCCGAAAGGCGCUUCUGUGCCUUCCCUGGGACUGUCAAACAAAGCUGUUUACAAAGAGGAAUCGCGCAGUGAGGAGUCUGGGAAGGCAAAAGAUGACUAUCCGGAAAACUACUUUGUUCCAAUUACACUGGAAACUCCGCCGCAAGAGGAGACCUUGAUGCAGAACACUUUGUGGCCGGAGCUGCAAAAGCUCUACGGGCAUGGCUAUGAAAUCUUUGCCUUGGCAGCCACUAGAGAUGGUUCCGUAUUGGCCUCCUCCUGCAAGGCCAGCAACGCUGAGCAUGCCCAAAUAAUACUCUGGAAUCCUACCAAUUGGAAGCAAUUGCAAAAACUAAGUGGCCACCAGUUGACUGUUACCCAGAUGAGUUUCUCUCCGGAUGCUCGUUUCUUGCUGUCUGUUUCCAGAGAUCGGCGUUGGUGUCUAUACGAGAAGAAGGACGCUACUGUUGGCUACCAACUGGUGGCUAGCACGGACAAGACAAAUGGAGUGCACACGCGCAUCAUUUGGUCCUGCGACUGGUCGCACGAUGGCCAGCACUUUGUGACCAGUUCGCGGGAUGGCAAGGUAGUGGUCUGGAAAAAGAGCGAGGAGGCAAAGGACUCAUCUUCACUGAACGGCUGGCAGUCGGCGGGAGUUUUGGAGCUGAAAAAUGAGUCAAUCACAGCGGUGGCUUUUUCCAGAGAUUACUUGAAGGGUACGGAUGACACAUACGUUAUCGCUCUGGGCACGGAAAGUGGGCUCAUCAAACUGUAUCAGUUGGCGAGAGGAGAGUGGAAGGUGCUCAGCGAACUGAACAAGAGCCAAGCCCACCAUCUCACUGUUCGAAGGCUACAGUUUCGGCCUGGACAGCGCCGACUCCAGCUGGCAAGCUGUGGAGAGGAUCAUUUGGUGCGCAUCUACGACAUCGAGGAGACAUGAUUUUGACCAUAAUUCGAAUAAAGUAGCCUUAUUA